AUGGAGAAUACUGCCGAAGACACACAGUUGGCCGACGUUGACAGCGUCCCAACACAAGUGGCACCAAUUACCCGCCUUGCGACAGAGAUCCUGAUGCUCAUAUUUACAGCGGGAUAUCUCAGUAUCGACCGGGGCCACAAGGAAUUCGUCGACUGCAUUGGAUCUGUAUGCCGGCAGUGGAGGGUCAUUGCGCUCAACACUUCUUUACUAUGGACGCAACUAGAGAUCGACUUCAAUGGCAUCAUAUCAGGGUGUCAUCUCAAUAACUGGUUAUCCCGCUCUCGCCAUCGCAUGCUUGAUCUCCGCUGCCAAUCAUCUUCGCUGGACACUCUGCAUGGACCGCUCCAAACCGUAAUGCACGUGCUCGCCCCCCACAUCGGCCGCUGGCGGGUUAUGCGUUUCUCCCUGAGCGGUAUUAAUGAGAUGUGGGCCGCUCUAUCGGGUUUGCCAUCACAAGUGCCAUCCUUAGAGGUGUUGGGCGUAGGUGUGAGCAACUAUUCUCCCCUGUUCGAAGAGGCCUACAAUUGGAACAUUCGUGCCCCGAGACUACGCCGAUUGGUCUUCUACGGUAUUCCGUGCUUUCCAUUCGGUUUCUCGUUCCACCAGCAUUUUCCAGCAUUGACAAGAGUCCAUCUGAGAGGAUUAACCGUGUGUAGGUUAUUGGGACCGGGUCGUCAUGAGCCCUUGGGCGUGCUGAAGGCCCUAGCUACCCUGCAUCACUUGGAAUAUCUCUGCAUCGCCAGUGCGGGAAUAGACCUCAGCUGGCGCAACUACAGGAUCCCACCGCGUUCUGAACGAGCAAUCCUACCGGCAUUGAAGAGGUUCCAAUUUCAAGCUCUGCAGUUCGACUGUAUUGUUGCAUUCAUGAACUCCAUGGAGGCUCCGCUAUUGGUGUCCAUCUUGUUCACCAGUCCUAACCCGUAUCGUAAUGAUGGGAUUCGGUUUGGCAGCAUCUGCCCCGUCAAGCGCAACCAUUAUCGCCACUUUCCCGUACUUCAGAGGCUCACGGUGUAUUGCAACAACAGUUACGUAGUGGACGACCCGUACUUGAUGCACUUUAUUGGCAUCUUCAAGUUCAAAAAGGUGUCGUUUGUGGAAUCUGGUAAAAAGAUGUGGAGGCUUAUUCAGCUCGCUGGUUGCAAAGAGGCCGGGGUGGCGAUGAAAUCUUCUCGGCUGAUUGGUGUGGAGAUUCACUCUGAAAAUCUUCCUGUUCCUGUCGCUGGGCUCCGUCAACUUGUCGUCGGGCGUCGUCAUUCGAGCAACACCAACUCUUCCCAGUCGCAGCCGGCUACGAAUAAGGGCGGCCAGCGGUUUACUCCGCUCGAGGAAAUUCAUGUCUGCACAUCUACGCCUUUAGCAGAGGUAGAUCGCACGUGGUUCACAAAGAGGAUGGACAUGGAACAGUUCUCAUGGUCUGAUUCUCGUGCGUGCGUGGCGCAGGGGAAGCAUUUUAACGAUCGUCUUGGCUGGCUGAGGAUGACUUUUGCACCUGCAUGA